AUGGUACAGGACCCAGCGCAAAGACUACAGCAGCAGCAUGAAGAAACAAUAAUAAGAGAGGCUAGAAUCCGAUUAGACCUGAAAAAAACGUUUAUGGACGAUGAGUUUUUCUUUCCGGAGAUCAAGCCCUUCGUGAGCACAAGACUAAAUUCUUCUCUGAAAGGGAGAGACUUCGCAUCGCCAGCGAACCUGCGCGCCGUCCUAAAAGCCAGCCAUCAGUUAGCUCCUAAAACAGAUAAUACCAAUGUUUCAGAGGCCGCAGGACGUUUCAUAGGACAGCAGUAUUACCAAAACCAACUCGUAAAUGCGGUCCAGCAGCAGCACCAGCAGAAACAACAACAGCAGCAGUACAACCCGUACUUGAACAAUUCAGGAUUUCACAGCUUCGGUACACAGCAGGACGGAUAUUCGAUGAAAGAAAUGCGGAACUGGUAG